AUGAAGCCUCCUCUACCGCCGACUGCCCCACCAAUGACGACUGAUAUUCAUGCAGAGCCCACAACGUCGUCACAUGAGAGAGGGGAAGAUGAAGAUCAAAAGGAGAGAGGGCUCGGCGAGUCUAGCACAACAAGAGUUGAACAUCCAAACUUCAACUCCUUUCCGACUUGCUCCUCGCAGAAACAGCUUAUCAAAGCCAUCAUUCAACUUGACUGCUCAAACCACCCCAGCCAAUUACACAGACUCGAUAUCGAUAUCGCUUCAUCCGCCUCGGCCCAACCGCUCAACCUUAAUAUCCUCCCCCUUCUCCCCCCUUGGAUUUCAUCUAUCUCCGACCCCCUUCUCAGCCUUCCAAGCCAACCUCUCUCGACCUUCUGA